AUGUCACACCGGCCAUGCGAGAAUGGGGACCAGUGCCGCGCCUGGCUUCGCCUGAAGUCCUAUGAAGUCUCACAGGCGGAUAUCGACCACGUUUCCUGCUGGGCACACCCUCAUCCCCCAUGCAGAUACGGCGACCAGUGCCGGGCAUGGCUUCGCCUGCAAGAGGGCGGAUACAGGCUUGACGAUCAAGCUCACGUCGCCGUCUACGACCACGGGGGGCGCGCACGUGGGGACCGGGCGAUCUUCGAAGGGAUGGCCAAGUUCGCCACCAUGGAGUUCACCGAUGCCUUCAAGAUGUCCGAGAGGCUUCGAGAGGCUGCCUCCGUCGCGGCGACGCGCAGCCUCUGGGAGGAGGUCAAGGUGAACGGCUACGCCCGCGUGCUCGAGGUGAGCGGCCACCCCUCAGCGAAGACGCUGGACGACAUUGUGGCGCUGAAGCUGAGCAGCGAGCGUCACAAGGAGCUCGGGGAGCCUCUGAACCACGAGGAGAUGUUGUCGAUCCUGCUGUAUACAGGGUGUGACUGCUACGGAGACCUUCGGCGAGCGGAACGCGACCGCGACUUCAAGAAGUGGGCUCGCUUCGCAUGUGUCUUGGACUUGGCCAUUUACAACCUGGCGAUGGCGGCAGCAGCAAAAGGAGUUGGCCUCACGCCCAAGGUCUACCACGGGCUUGGCAACGUGGCUUUGAUGCACCUGCCGAUCGACAAGGUGGAGUAUGGCGACCUUGGGAGCAUCUGGGCCGUGCAGUUCACCACGCCCACGUUCAUGUCGACCUCCUGGAAUCGGUCCGUGGCUGAAGGCUUCAUCGACAUGAAUUCCAGCGAAGGGUCCGGCUUGCGGGGCUUGCUGAUUGAGAUGGAAGGGGAGGAGGCAUCCCUGGUUGGUGCCGACGUAUCGUGGAUCAGCAAGUUUCCGCAUGAGUGCGAGGUUUUGCUCGGCCGCUUCACUACCUUCACGUCGCAAACCGUCGAGACGGCCGAAGGCGACCAAUCCAUGAAAACAGUGCGAGACCUCGUGCGCGAUCUCAAGAUCGUCGUCGAGGCGGGGCGACUUCAGCACGCCUCCUUCACGUUGCAGGCGGGCACGGUCUGGGGCGAUGAGUUCGGCUCAGGCGGUUCGGUGUACUUGUUGAGCCUCCCGCUGGUUCCAAGCGUCGCUCAAUGCGAUCACCCGAAGUGGCACCGGUCACUCUCGCGCUGGCCCGACGUCGCCGCGGGGAGGCGGCCGCCGACGAGCUUUGAGGAGCUGAUGGAGUACAUGGGAAGUCGGGAGUGCUACGAGCAAUGCCACAGAGGGUUUCCCACCGGCUACCCGCUGAGCUUCAUACUCUUUCCGCUCGACUGGAGUGCCUGCCGAGACAUGGGCCGAGCGUUCCCUCUGCUUCACCUUCAGGCGAUCUCAAGCGCGCGGGUGGCUGCCGGCAUGAUCAGCUUGUGA